CACAGUCGUUUUGGUAGAAAACGGGAACACUAGAUUAGUUCAUCCUCCGUCUCUGUCGACGUGACACCGUAUUCGAUAUCUCUCACUCGAUUAUUUUUCAGCUGCCAAUCUCCUAAACUUACCAUCAGCCAGCAUGUUUAAGAAGUUUUCAUUGGAGGAGGUUUCAUCGCAAAACCAAGUAAAGGCUUCAGUUCAACGUAGGAUUCGCCAGAGCAUUCAAGAUGAGUACCCGGGACUUGAAACAGUGAUGGAGGAUCUACUUCCCAAAAAGUCUCCUCUCAUUGUAGUGAAGUGCCCAAACCAUCUUACCCUAGUUGUUGUCAACAAUGUGCCCCUCUUCUUCUGUAUCCGGGACGGGCCAUACAUGCCAACACUGCGGCUUCUUCAUCAAUACCCAAAUAUAAUGCAGAGGUUUCAAGUUGAUAGAGGUGCAAUAAAGUUUGUUUUCUCUGGUGCAAACAUAAUGUGUCCUGGUCUUACAUCCCCUGGAGGCGUUCUUGAUGAAGAAGUUGACUCAGAAAGACCAGUGGCCAUAUAUGCAGAAGGAAAGCAACAUGCCUUAGCAAUAGGCUUCACCAAAAUGUCAGCCAAGGACAUUAAGAGCAUCAACAAAGGAAUCGGAGUGGACAACAUGCAUUACCUCAACGACGGUCUCUGGAAGAUGGAACGGCUGGAUUGAAGGAGCACGCAGAUGUCAUGUGGAUCACUUUUCGGGGGGAGAUAUAUUAUGAUCUCAAUUUUUAUGCGUCUCUAAACUUAUGGAGCUUUUGUCUUGGAUCAACCUUAGCCUUCUGUUUUGAAAUAUUUUGGUGUUUUGCUUUGUGAGAGAACGUUAUCAACCUUAGCUAAGGUUACAGUUUCUAAGUAUUUUGGUAAAUGUUCCUAACAGAACAUCCUAAGCAAACUGCUAUCAGAUCAUUUGCGACGUAA